AUGUGCCCUCACUCUACGCCAUUUAGACUUUGGACUAUUGGAUUUUCUUUCUAUCUGCUAGCUACCUAUCGAUUACUACUGGUAUGGAUCAGUACGAGGAUGCCUCACUGAAGACCCUCGGGAGUAUCAUCCCCUUCGCAAUACUAGCUUUCAUCGCCGUCAUCCUCCGUUUUUAUGCGCGACGACUUGUGCGCGCCGAAUGGGCUAGGGAUGAUUGGACUUCUCUACUUGCGCUGUUUCCAACUCUCGGUUGCUUUAUUCUGUCCUGUCUCAUGGUCAAAUAUGGCUCCGGAAAGCACGUUCGUGUUGUAUCACCAGCAAAUUUUGAGCCGUAUCUACAAUGCCUCUUUGCCUACGAGCUAAUAUACGCACACGCUAUACUAUUCAUUAAGACAUCAGUAUUAAUGCUAUACACGCGGAUAUUCUCAACACGUAAAUUCAAGCUCGUCGUAAUGGUCGUACAGGCUGUCAUAGUAGCCUGGUACCUAGCCGUUGUCUUCGUCUCAAUCUUCUCAUGCAAUCCAACUCGGGGCUUUUGGGACAAGACUCUGGUACCUCCGGCCAAGUGUGUCAGCUCAAAGAAGUUCUUUGUUGGAAAUGCGAUUCCAAAUAUCGUAACAGAUGUCGUAAUCCUAGCGCUUCCAAUUAACACCGUAUUCGGUCUUCAACUUCGAACAACGCAGAAACUCUCUAUAUGCUUUACAUUCCUACUUGGUAUCUUCGUUACUGUGUCUAGCGCGGUUCGUCUCGUCGCGCAGUUCCGAGUGGACGAACCGGACUUCACUUGGGCCAUGAACGAUACAGUAAUUUGGACGUCGAUCGAGCCUUCCUUGGGACUCAUCUGUGCUUGUCUUCCUACAAUGAGACCAUUAUUGAAUAGCUUCACCCAAGCAAGCGAGAAACGCUCGCGUCGAACCACUUCUUAUGCCUUGUCUGAACGUUCUAACCCUCCCCAGGGCUCGAUAACAAGGAAUGGCCGUGGAACAUGGCCUCUUCAAACCACAGAAUCUAGGUCUGAUUUAGGUCGAUCGGAAACUAGGAGUAAGAUUGUUGUAGAUACCCGAAUCGAUAUUGAGAGUAGUACGGAGGAUACCAGGCAAAUACUUCAUAGAGUUGUUUAGGUUGCUUUAAAUUCUUUGCUAACACUGCCAGAGAAAAACAUUGUAUAUCACGAUGACUGUAC